AUGGGCAUGAUAAAGAUCCUUGAUUCCGACCAAAAACGCCGAGUAAAUGUAGUAACAGCUAGAUGCGACCCUUUGUUACAAGAGUUUAGUGAUGUCUUUGAAAGUCUUGGAAAGCUCGAAGUGCAAUACACGAUUGUCACAGAUCCAUCCGCCUCGCCGUUUGCCAGUCGCAUUAAUCGAUCAAGUCCAAGAAAAGCUUGA